AGCUUUGUCACCAAGUUGCCUCGUGAGUUUGUCUUGCUAUUACUCUAAGUCUGUGAAGGAAAUAAGCUAUAUUGUUUUGGAUAAAUAGCUUUCCGUAAGAUAUGGCAGCGAGAAUUUUUGCUCCAAUCACGAAGAGAUUUCUUUGGAACCGGGUAGGUCGCGAACGCCUGGUGGAAAACGACAUUGGCUUGCUUUUGCAAAAAGAUUUCCUCCAGGAACCAUUCGAACACGAUCUCGCUUUAUUGGAAGGAACAGAACAAACACUUGAAACGAGCCAUGGGAAUUCUCUUAGUUCUGAAACGAGGGAUAAUUAUGCUGUACAACAUCACGGGGAUUCAGCUAAUGACAGCUUCAAAAUUACUACGAGAGAGAGGGCACCCUCAAAGAAAAGGCUGCGGGCUUUCGUUGGAAUUAUUUUAGCCGUAACGUCGGCUUUGUUUUUCUCGUCAAGUGCGUUGAUGAUCAAGCUCGCUGCAAGUAUCUCAAGUGUACAGGUUGCAUUCAUGCGUUUAACCAUACAGUUGACAUGUAUACUCCCAACCAUGAUUUUCUACAGGGAUGACUUCAUUUUUCCAUGGAGGAAAACCAAAUUUUUAGUCAUCCGGGGAACUGUCGGAGUCACAGCUAUGACAAUGAGUAUUUACGCAAUAAAGCACAUGCCUCUUGCAGACGCAAGAGUGAUUAUUUACACAUCACCCGUUCAUACAGCUAUUCUAGCACGUAUCUUCCUUAAAGAGUCAGUAAGUAAGUUUGACCUAGCAGCUAUGGUUCUAAGUAUAGGAGGGGUUGUGCUGAUCGCAAGGCCUACUUUUCUGUUUGGGUCUCAUGGAGAACACACCAGCUCUACACAAGCGUGGUUACCUUCUCUUCUCGCUGUUUUGUCUGCAAUUGGUGUUAGUGUCACCGCUAUUGUUACAAGGAAGAUGUCUCAAGAAGUGGGAAUCAGAGCAGUGAUUUUUUACUUGUUUCUCAUUGGGUCAGUCUUCACUCUUACUUUGUCAAUGGCUCUAGGGUUUAAAUACCCAGACUGUGGAUCUUAUGAUGCCGUUUACAUCAUUGUGGCUGGAUUUCUUGGGUUUUGCGGACAGUUGUGUGCAACAAAGGCUUUAUCUAUAGAAAAAGCAUCAGUUGUUUCAUUAGUGCGCACAAUAGGAAUUGCAUACUCAUUUAUUUUUCAAAUCACUAUCCUGAAUGAUGUUCCCAGUGGAUUAAGUAUUGGUGGGGCUGUUCUUGUCUUGCUUUGCAAUGUUUGUAUUUUCUUGAAGAAAUUUUUGGAUGUAAAGAAGACCCAUCCGGAAGUUCCUAAACAGGAAGAAAAUACUGAACAUCAAUAAUUUUUCCCAUCAGGUAAUUACUCUUUGGCUUACUUUUCAGGCCCUGGUUGUUCGAAGGUUGGAUAAUGCUCUCUAGUGGAUAAAUCUUUAUCUGGUACUUAGCAGUAUGUUCUGCUACCACUUCUAUCCACUGGAGAGUGAUUUAUAGGUUGGAUAGCAUUAUCUUUCCUUUAUACAACUGGGACCAGGGGAACAGCUCAAAGAGAUGUGGAUAUAGGGCUUAAAUGAAUGGCCAGUCAAUGGACAAUGGACGAUGCUUAGUCAGAAUUAGGAAUUGAGCAGGCAAUUACGUCUUCACAUUAAUAAUUACGAGACGGGUUGUCUGGUCAUUUGUGUUUUUUAAUAAUUAUUAUCAUGUGGAAACUUUUUCACAAUCUCAAAAAAUAUUUUUCUCUGACAACAUUCAUUUCUGACAUGGGAAAGUGACAUAUUGGUCUCUAACUAGUUAAUAGUUAAAGAACAGCUGAGACUUUGGGUUUCAAUGAAUUUAGUUAUAGAGGCAAUUAAUGCAGCAAUAAUAUUGUCAGCAAAUAAUUGAUCAAUAGAAUACUCAAGUUUAUCAGAUAGAAGUUGUUAUCAUGAUCUAAGACCCAAUUCUCAUAACUACAGAACAAGGAAAUGUGUAGCACGUUAUAGAGAAAGAUUAACAAUCAGAUGUUGGGAGUUAAAGCAUUAGAAUAAGGGAAAACAGCUUAAGUUUGAAUUCAAUGUAGAUGGCUCAUUGUGUGAGGGCUAGCAGAAGCUUACGUUUAUGAGUGUCUCUUAGUUUCUGAAGUAUUGCAGGGCUUGACACUAACGGUAGCCCACUAGCCACAGACUAGUAGAAAUUCAGUUU